AUGGCAACGCCCCAGGCCAGCAUCAUUUGGGAGAAGGAUGGUGUGCCGCUCGUCACGGAUACGGCCGCGUCUCCCUAUCGCACAAAGAAUCUUAAUGGAAACCUGGAACUGCGCAUUAACAACUGCUCAACGGCCGAACUCGGAAAGUACACUGUUGUCGCCUACAACAGUGCCGGUGAAACACGCUCUUCCUGUGUUCUUUCGGGGAAGACGGAGACAGUUUUCCGUGUCCCACGCAUCGUAAAGCAGCUCAACGAUCAGUACCUGACCUCUGGACAGCGCGCCGUCUUCGAAGUGGAGGCCUCGGGCAACCCAAUGCCGGAGUUCAAGUGGGAAAAGGAUGGAUUUGAACUGCGACAGGACGUGAAGCCGACCGUUAUCAUGUCGACCACGGCUGAAGGUCGUGCCACACUAACCAUUCCCGUGGUGGAGGCAUCCCACGCCGGUCUCUACUCCUGUAUAGCCCACAAUCGUAUCGGGCGAGACCGCACAUCCAGUUUCGUCUACGUGGACGGUGGCAGUGGCAGUGGAUCUCUGUCACGUAGGAAGGAAACCCGAACUAGCGCCACAGCUGCGGAACAGAGCCGUCCUCCACCACGUCCUGCCAGUGCCAAAGAAUCUCUCGUUGCUGCAUCAACCGGAGAAGGAGGAGCAUUCGAGGUCAUUACCGAUCUACCGAAGAUGGUUGAGGUGAACGAGGGCGAGGAACUGCGACUGGCUUGCAUUGUCCUGGAGUGGAAGUUUGGAAGCGGCGAUGCAGAAAGCCGAAUGAAGUUAACAGCUUUACUUGAUGACACCUUUUCAGCCACCUGGUCAAAAGGCGGUCGCACUCUCGCCUUUGAUGGCCGUCGACGAAUUACCCGCAACCUACAAGGCGAAUUCUGUCUUACAAUUGAUCAGACCAUGUCCAACGACGCCGGUCGCUACACCCUCACGAUCCAACCGUCCGUGGCCGCCAGUGAGGAACCGUUGGUUUUGCACACACGAGUAGACGUCAAACCGAAGGCGCGCACGAAAAUCUCAUUCACUGAACGAAGGGAAUCCUACGAUAACUAUCGUUCAACCCGUUCAUGGUCUCGUCAGGAGGGUAAAUACCAGCGACGCUACAGUUCUCGCGAGUCCUCCUUCACGAGUUACAACUGA